AUGCUACAUAACUCCAACCUUCAAGGUAUUCAUAUUCCAGGAUCAGUAAACAACCUUAUCACAAAAUUAUUUGCAGAUGAUACAACUGUUUACUUAUCAGAAACUGACUCCUUUAACACACUACAAAUAAUCUUAAAUAAAUGGUGUCUAGCAUCAAGAGCUAAAUUUAACAUAAGCAAAACUGAAUGUGUACCAAUUGGCACUAAAGAAUUCAGAGAAACAUUCUACAAAUCAAGACAACUAAACAGCUUUGAUAGCAAAAUACCUCAAAAUAUACAUAUAGUCCAGGAUGGUGAAGCAGUACGCUCCUUAGGCUGCUGGAUUGGAAAUCAUAUCAAGGAUGCAACCCCAUGGACCUCAAUAAUAGAAAAAAUUGACAACUCAUUAGUGCAAUGGAAUAAAAGCCACCCAACAUUAGAAGGACAUAGCUAUAUUAUCCAACUAGUGAUAGGAAAUGGAACACAAUUCUUAACAAAAGUCCAAGGUAUGCCCAACCAUAUUGAGGCUAUCCUCAUCAAAAAAAUACAAAACUUCAUGUGGAAUAGUACAGGAUCCCCACCAGUCAGCUUAGAGACUCUCUAUAAACCAAAAGACCAAGGAGGCAAACAGCUACUAGAUCUACAUUCUAGAAACAAAGCAAUUACAUUAAUGACACUU